GGUUUAGCGUCCUCUUUCUCCUCGGUGGAAGGAUGGGGAGAGCCCUGCCUGGAACAAGGCACCAGCCCGGGGCAGGGUGUAGAGAGCGCCGAGCGGGACUUUCCAGCGACAGCUCCUGAAUAAUUGAGAGCCAGCAGUCACUUUGCUGCUCCCCAGGCAGCCCAAUUGGCACAGCAGCUCCGGUUUACCAGCUCCUGAUCUGGACCGGGAUGAGAGGAGGUCGCUCUCCAGCUGAAGAGCUGCACCGAGGCUUAGCAGGCAAAGAGAAGAGGAGGGUGACACAGCUCUGAAGGCAGCCCGGCUGGAUUCCCCACCUCUGCUCCAAACGUUGUGCCCAUUGCCUCUCCUUGUCAGGUUGUAGCAACAACAGCGGAGGGCACUCCCCGUCACCAGCCCACCAUGGCCUUGAUCGUGCGCUUGAAGAGGGUCACCAACCUGAGAGGCAAAGCGGACAGGAUAGCCAAGGUGGCGUUUAGAGGUCUCUCAUUCUACACUCGAGUGCUUGAGAACUGUGAGAAUGAAGCUCCAUUUGAUGAGACAUUCCGAUGGCCCAUCGCAAGCAGCAUUGAUGUCAAUGAGAUGCUGGAGAUUCAGGUGUUUAACUACAGCAAGGUCUUCUCCAACAGACUCAUUGGUAUAUUCCAGAUGGUCCUGCAGAAAGUGGUGGAAGAAGGACAAUUGAAUGUGACGGACACCUUGAUCGAUGACAACAAUGUGUCAAUUCAAACCAGUGUUUCCAUUGAGAUUCGGUACCAGGCCAUGGACGGCAGUGUUGGGGCUUGGAAUGAUGAUGAAUUCUUGGAGAGUCCCAGGGUCCAUCCAGAUGGUGAUCCCUAUGAAACCGAUAUCUUGCUUCCCAGCCACAGGCAGUCAAGCAAGACCAGCACUGCAGAGAAAGCCUUCCGGAGAGCUGGAAGAGGAGUCUUUUCAGCCAUGAAGUUGGGCAAAACACGUCCCUCAAAAGAUGACCAUCAUCGAAAGCAAGAUCAACCAGCUAUCUUGGAAACAGAAGAUCUGGACCGUAAAGCAAUACGGCUCGGAGGUGGCCUGGAUCCAGAUACCAUCUCCCUGGCAUCUGUCACAGCUGUGACCACCAAUGUGUCUAAUAAGAGAUCCAAGCCAGAUAUUAAAAUGGAGCCCAGUGCAGGAAGACCAAUGGAUUACCAGGUCAGCAUCACAGUAAUUGAAGCACGGCAGCUGGUGGGGCUCAACAUGGAUCCUGUAGUGUGUGUGGAGGUGGGAGAUGAGAAGAAAUACACCUCCAUGAAGGAAUCAACUAAUUGUCCCUACUAUAAUGAGUAUUUUGUCUUUGACUUUCAUGUUCCCCCGGAUGUCAUGUUUGAUAAAAUCAUCAAAUUAUCGGUGAUUCACUCCAAGAACAUCCUGCGCAGCGGAACCUUGGUGGGUUCUUUCAAAAUGGACGUUGGAACUGUCUACACCCAGCCAGAGCAUCAGUUCUACCACAAGUGGGCCAUCAUGUCUGACCCAGAGGACAUCACAGCUGGGCUAAAAGGCUACGUAAAGGUUGACAUCGCAGUGGUGGGCAAAGGAGAUAAUAUAAAGACACCACACAAAGCUAAUGAGACAGAUGAGGAUGAUAUUGAAGGGAACCUACUGCUUCCAGAUGGAGUUCCUUCAGAAAGGCAAUGGGCUCGCUUCUACAUUAAAAUUUAUCGGGCAGAGGGGCUUCCACGCAUGAACACUAGCAUCAUGGCCAACGUGAAGAAAGCCCUCAUUGGGGAAAACAAAGACCUGGUGGAUCCUUACGUCCAGGUGUUUUUUGCAGGACAGAAGGGGAAAACAUCUGUUCAGAAGAGCAGCUAUGAACCUGUUUGGAAUGAACAGAUAGUUUUUGCAGAGAUGUUUCCCCCUCUCUGCAAAAGGAUCAAGGUCCAGAUCAGAGAUUCUGACAAGGUCAACGAUGUGGCUAUUGGAACCCAUUUCAUUGAUCUGAGAAAGAUCUCCAAUGAAGGAGACAAAGGUUUCUUGCCCACCUUUGGUCCUGCCUGGGUAAACAUGUAUGGGUCCACCCGCAACUAUACCCUGAUGGAUGAGCACCAGGACUUGAAUGAAGGGCUGGGUGAAGGGGUCUCCUUCCGAGCCCGCCUGCUUCUUGGCCUAGCAGUAGAGAUCUUGGAUACCAGCAACCCUGAGAUCACCAGUUCCACAGAAGUUCAAGUUGAAUUAGCAACUCCUGUCACUGAUAGCUGCACAGGCAAGAUGGAGGAAUUUUUUCUCUUUGGAUCCUUCCUGGAGGCUACCAUGGUUGACAGAAAGAAUGGAGACAAACCGAUUAAUUUUGAGGUUACAAUAG